CCUGGUCUCAACUCCCUCGCCAACCACAGCUUCUUGCCUCACAGCGGCAAAAACAUUACCAUAAUCGAUAUUGUUCGCAGAGCAUUCGAGAGUUUUAUUCUCUCACCAGAGAUUCCUAUUGCUGUAGGGUUAGGCAAACUCACCAAGUCGUACGGACUUGCUGCAUUUGGCCUCCAUGAGCCAUCCAACCAUGGCCUCACUGACCAUGACCGCAGUGUGUCCAGAGCAGAUAUCGGCGAUGGCAACAACAACGACUUUAACGAAACAAUCCGGUCUGUCCCACCAGAGGUUCUCAUGGACUACUCAAUCAUCACUCCUCAGGCAAUUGGAGCAGCUAGAACGGCUAGAGACCUGUUUGACAUUGCUCAUAAUCCCAAUCAACAGUGCGGCGCCCGUUCUAUUGUUAUUGGCGCCCUAGAAAAUGGUCUCCUAAUACAGAGCCUUGGG